AUGAGAAAUAGUAAUAAAAAAUAAAGCAAUUCAAUAGCAUUAAAUACUUCGAACGAGCAACAAGAAAAUAUAGCCUCUCCUUUGAGAAGAGCUACUCCUUAGAUUUAAAAAAAGGAUGCAUCAAGAAAAUUAUAGAAUAAUUCAUUAAUAGAUUCAACAGUUUCUACUAAUCCAUCACUCUCUAUUGAUAGCAAAGUUAAAGUUUUUAUUAGAUCUCGCCCUUUACUUCCAAGCGAGAGCUCUUAAGAGAGCUCUAUUUAAAUUAGCAAACAAGAUAAUUUAUUAGUGCUAAAUGAAGGAAACUAUAGCAUUUAAACCAAUUUUGAUAAAGCAUUCGUUUCUUAAGACACCUAAAUCCAAGUGUUUUAGGAAUUUUAAGACCCAAUAGCCCAGGUGCUUGAAGGCUACAAUUUCACUAUUUUCGCAUAUGGGCAAACUGGAUCAGGAAAAACUUAUACGAUGUUUGGUAGUGAUUGGGAAAACAUGACAAGUAAGUCAGAGAGAGUAUAAAAGCAGUAGACAUUCUUUGAGUAAUUGGAUACUGAUGAGAAUUUUGCAGGGAUAAUUCCUAGAACAAUCUAUUAUCUUUUUAAUAGCGUAGAGUAAAAGAAGAAAGAAAAUAGUAAUCUCAAUAUUUAGAUUUAUUGCUCUUUUCUUUAAAUUUACAAUGAAAAAAUAUAUGAUCUUUUAUAGGAUAACAACUUAAACAAGCCAUUAGGAAUUCAUGAAAGCAAGCUUGAUGGAAUAUUUGUUGAAGGUCUAUCGGAAUACUAAGUCUUACACUAUAUAGAUACUCUCUAGCUCAUGAAAAGAGGAGAAAGAAAUAGAACAAUAAGAAGCACCUCAAUGAACGCUAAAAGUAGUCGUUCACACACUAUUUUCCAACUUAUUAUUGAAACUUUCGAUGAAUCCUAGCAAGAUGGAGGAAAUAUAAAAAGAUCAAGGAUUAAUCUUUGCGAUCUUGCUGGUUCAGAAAAAAUAAAUAAAAGUGAAGUCAUGGCUGGAGGCCAUUUAAAUGAAUUAAGAAAUAUCAAUUUAUCGUUGACUACCUUGGGCAAGGUAAUUCAUAGCUUAAGCAGCAAGAGUAAGCUACCUAUCCCCUUCAGAGAGUCAAAGUUAACCAGAAUUUUGUAAGAAAGCUUGAUUGGAAAUACAAUUACUUACAUUGUAGCAACUAUAUCACCGUCGAUCGAUAAUUUAGAUGAAACUGUGAGCACAUUGAAGUUCGCAGAAAGAGCGAGACAUAUUACAAUGUCAAUAAAACCAAAUCAAAUUAAUUCUAAAGACGACGAAAUUGUUAAAAAGCUCCAAAAAGAAAUACUAUAUCUAAAAGAGAUCCUCAAUAUGAGGCGCAAAGGAGCAAGUGUAAAUGAUAUUCAUACUAAAUUUUUAAAAUUAUAAGCUGAAAACGAAAAGCUCAAAAAAGAUCAUGUUUCUUUGAAACAAGUAGAAUAACUUAUUGAAGAAAAUAGACAUUUAAAAUCUGAAAUUUAGCAGCUUUAUAUGAGAGAGAGUAUGCAAAAGGACAACACGCAUCUUUCUAACUCUUAUAAAAUACAAUCAUUUGAAGAUAUAGAUUCACCAGUGAAAUCUUUGCCAAGCAUUUCAAAUUCUACUUCAAAUGAUAAUCACAUAUCAACUGCUAACGCUAGUGGGAGCACAAAAAAUUUAUCUUAAUUUCUAAUAAAGAAUAACUCUGAAAGAUACAGUGGCAAUAAUAUUAAAUCUUAAUUUUCAGUUGGAUCUUCGCUUCCUUACUCUCAUUCAAGUAAUGAUAGAAGUAUUAAUUUAGGAAAAUAUAACACAAAUAUAAAAAGCUACAGCUUUGUUAACAAGAGUGUUAUUGACAAUGUUAGCAGUAGUAACGUAAUAAGACCAAAUAGUUUUUUAGGAAUAAAUCAAAUCAGUCACACUCCAGUAAAUAUCCGCAUCAAAGGUAGACAAGAAUACAAAAUAUAAAAUGGAUUUAUUGAAAUGAACUAAUAAGACUUACUACAACAACAAAAGAAUGAAAAAGAAAAGAAAAGAAUUCUAGAAAGGCUUGAUUAACUAGAAAGAAUAUAAAAAUAUAACCAACAAAAGCUAUAAAAAGAACUUGAUAUUCUUGAUUCGCUAGAAAAAAAACCUGCUAACAAUAUAAAGACUUAUUCUCUAGGCUCUUAAGAGAACAUAGGUCAUUAUCCCAGCAAAAUGAGUUCCUACCAGCAAUUUAUACUUGGAUCACUUCAGCAAAGACAAUAAAAAUCUUUAAAAAAUUACGAAUUUAAAAUUAAAGACUUAGAAAGAAGGUACUUUAGUGUAAACUAAAAUUCUUAAAAAUGA